AUGGAGCAAAUUGCAACAAGAUAUGAGGAUGUCAAUGGUCAUAUUCAUCCUCCUCUUAUAGAUAUGAUUGCAAUCAAUCACAUAAUUUUUGAUGAACUUCAUGUUUUCUUACGAAUUACAGAUCGAUUAUGGGAAUUGGUACUAGCAGAAAUUAAAGAGCGCGAUUUGUUUAAUAAUCUAACACGAGAAGUAAUCAUGAAAGAAAUGCAACAAUUGAAAGUAUCUUUCUGUUUUUGGGAAAACAAAGAAUCUCAUAAUUGGGAAUACACGUCUCUUAUGGGAGAUGAUAAAGAAAAAGUUUUAAGAUUCUUUAAUUUAAAAUUACUCUUUAGACCAUCUCGAGCACAAUUAAUUCGAAAUCUUUGGGAUCAAUUUUAUCAAAUAUAUUGUGCAAUUCGAGAUAAUACUACUGAUCCAGGACAGUUGAAGAUUCAAGCGAUUGAUUGGUUAUCUUUAUUUCUUACACCAUCACAAGGAGAUCCUAAUGAUCCAAGAACUUUUAUACAAGGUUUAUAUUUACCAAGUCAUGUCACUCCUUAUAUUCAUGCGUUAGUGUAUCAUGGAUGGGAACUUUUGGAGAAACAUAAAAGAUGGGGGCUUAAAGCAUUUUCCUGCUCUGCUGUGGAAAAAAAAAACCAUAACCAGGUCUCAACCUUCUUUCGUAAAACUCUUAAGAAUGGAGGAAACCCAUUAAAACGAAAAUCUGCAAUACAAGAAAUUAUUGAAUAUGAAAAUCGUACACUUUAUUUUACAUAUAACCCAUUACCCGAAUCUAAAAAAAUCAAAAAACUUCGUAUUAA